AUGCUUAUCUACAAGGAUAUCCUCACCGGUGACGAGCUCAUCUCCGACUCCUACGAUCUCAAGGAGGUCGAUGGCAUCGUCUACGAGGCCGACUGUGCCAUGAUCGAGGAGGGCGGCGUUAACGUCGACAUCGGUGCCAACGCUUCCGCCGAGGAGGCCGCUGAGGAUCUCGAGGACCAGGUCGUCAAGGUCAACAACAUCGUCAGCUCUUUCCGUCUCCAGGAGACCUCUUUCGACAAGAAGAGCUACCUCACCUACCUCAAGGGUUACAUGAAGGCUGUCAAGGCUGCUCUCCAGGAGAAGGGUGCUCCCGCCGAGGAGAUCACUGCCUUCGAGAAGGGUGCCCAGAACUAUGUCAAGAACGUCGUCCUUGCCAAGUUCAAGGACUUCGAGUUCCUUACUGGCGAGUCCAUGAACCCCGACGGAAUGGUUGUCCUCCUCAACUACCGUGAUGAUGGUGUCACCCCCUACAUCACCGUCUGGAAGCACGGUCUUACCGAGAUGAAGGUCUAA